CACGGCUGAUCGAGGAUGCAUGCAUCACAAGUCGCUUCGUGACCCAUGAAUGCGACGACUUUACGCGAAUCAAUUCUCUUGUAGCAUUUGCGAUCCCAACAACUUUUACUGUCCAAGCUUGAAGAAUUAGCUGGCAUUCUGCGACGACGGCUUGGCCCGCCGCGCGUCUCGUUCCAAAGCUCUCUACAGUUCGAGGAGGAGUAUCGUGUAUCACGCCGCCGCCGCCAUGGCGUACUUCUUCGCGACACCGGUCGAUAUCGACAUUGUCCUCGACGAUGCCGACGAGCGGGCAAUGGUCGAUGUCAAGCUGGACAAGAACCGGCGCGAGAAGGCCCCGCUAUACAUGGACGGCGAGUCCGUCAAGGGCGCCGUGACCGUGCGCCCCAAGGAUGGCAAGCGGUUAGAGCACACGGGAAUCAAGGUGCAAUUCAUUGGUACAAUAGAGAUGUUCUUCGACCGGGGCAACCACUACGAGUUCCUGUCGCUCGUCCAAGAGCUGGCCGCGCCAGGCGAACUGCAGCACCCGCAAACCUUCGACUUCAACUUCAAGAACGUCGAGAAGCAGUACGAGUCGUACAACGGCAUCAACGUGAAGCUGCGCUACUUUGUGCGCGUCACCGUCUCGCGCCGCAUGGCCGAUGUGAUCCGUGAGAAGGACAUCUGGGUCUACAGCUACCGCAUCCCGCCCGAGAUGAACAGCAGCAUCAAGAUGGAUGUCGGCAUCGAGGACUGCCUGCACAUCGAGUUCGAGUACAGCAAGAGCAAGUACCACCUCAAGGACGUCAUCGUGGGCCGCAUCUACUUCCUGCUCGUGCGCCUGAAGAUCAAGCAUAUGGAGCUCAGCAUCAUCCGCCGCGAGACUACCGGUGCCGCCCCGAAUCAAUACAACGAGAGCGAGACGCUGGUGAGGUUUGAGAUCAUGGAUGGCUCGCCAUCGAGGGGAGAGACCAUACCGAUCCGGCUGUUCCUUGGCGGCUUCGACCUGACGCCGACUUUCCGGGAUGUCAACAAGAAGUUCUCGACGCGAUACUACCUCAGUUUGGUCUUGAUCGACGAAGACGCAAGGAGAUACUUCAAACAGUCAGAGAUCAUCCUAUAUCGGCAAGCGCCCGAAAUAGCUGCCAAUGGGCAAGAAGCCUUACCAGCACCUGAAACCAAGCAAGUAGCGGCGGCGCCUGCUUAGUUUGAGUUGGCAGUAGUCGGGAAGGGCCAGGAGGAAAACGCAAUGGGUGGUCGGUUUUGUAUGUAUGUAUGGAUGCGAGGGGUAAUAUUCUUCAGCAUGGGCACGGCGUUGGUUCGUUCAGUCACCCAAGGAACUCCUACGUUCUACGUUCAACUUGACAUUCAAGGGAAUUUCGAAAAAUGUUCCUCG